AUGAGUCCCACCCAAGAUAAACAACAGCACCAGCGUCACCAUCAUAUCUCCUCUUCAUCGUUUUCUUCUAGGAUGGUCAGUGUUUACCAAGUUACCACGCCCAAGUCUCCUCAGGAUUUAGAAAACAACAUGGAUGAGCCUUUCAAAAUGGGCACCGCCACCGGUAGUACGGACAAAGACAGUGAAAAUACCCAGCGGUUGAAGUAUGAAUGUGCCAAGGGGGAGAUACUAAAUGUCCUGAACCUACAUAUAAUGCUCAAUCACAAGCAUAUUGGCCACUUGCGAAGAAAUGUUCAAAAGGUCAACGCAAAACUGGCCCUCUUGAAAAGCCUCCAUAACGAUACGGGCCUACUGAACAAAAUCGAACAAGCAUAUCAACUUAAAAUAAAACAACGGCAACAGCAUAACACCUUCGGCGGCCACCCUCAUGACAGCAUCGGAAUAGACAACAUAAACGGAUCCUCCGCAGAUUACAACGUAUCAUACCCUGUUCUAUCGGAUUACAACAUGAAUUGCCAGCCCCUAUCUUCAAGCAGCAACACAAAUCUGUCGACAGCACGCAUGUCCCACCAUCACUACCAUACCAGAAGCAAGAGUAAUGGGCUUUUGCUGGAGCCUUCCGUGCUUCGGCCGGCAAAUUCGAAUAUAAUAGACUACAGGUUGACCGGUUCCAAAUCUAUAUCGGAAGCCAUGAACAAACCCACUGUCGUUUCGUUGCCUCACUCCAAAUCGGAUGGGAUUUCUUCACCCCGUUCCUCUUCAAUCUCCCCUCUAGAUGAACAGCAAGGUUUUCAAAUACUCCCCUUUAAGCCAAGCCAAAUGCAUCUCAAUCACAGGCGUAAUUACAGUAGCACUUGUUUGACAAGCAAUAGCGGUAUCAUUGGCAAAACUGAAAAUAAUGAGCCCAUUUUUAGAAGAUUCGACGGGAUUUUGGUAAUAAUUAAGUGUUCCAAAUGCGAUCGUUCCGGCUUCACUUCCGCUCAAGGUAUCGUAAAUCAUACACGGCUAAAACAUUCCAAGUUAUAUUCCAGCCAACCAUUGGCGGUUUUAAACAACCAAAAAUUACUUCCUAAUGAUAAGCAAGAUCCAGAAAUUUUGUCCAAAUUCGAGAAAUUGAAUCUAGACCCAAAUAAAGAGUAUCUUCCCUCUGAUAUUGCAAUUCCUAAACCCCAGUCAUCCAUGGGCUCCACAGAAAACAAUUCAAGGGCCCAAAAAACCAUCAAGGACACUCCUCAUCUAGAAAAAUUAUACAAAAACAAAGACGAUUUCAAAAAAUUGAUUGAUAUGGUUAAUGAAACUCCUAAUGACUUGAAUGAAUUCUUAAAGCAGCGGGAACUACAAUUAAAGCAACAGAAAGAACUGGAAGAAGAAUCUCCCAAAUCCGAUGAUGAGGCUUCGUAUGUUCCCUCGGCGUCUCCCUCGGCAACAACUACAGCGCCGGCAACGACAGACCCUCCCUCUCCACCAGUGUUGUCCUCCUCUUUGCAAAGAAAACUGCUACGUAAGAGAAAGUUAGACUUGAAUACCACUGUCGCCAGUGAAGAUUUACCUUUAAGAGAAAGAUUGAGAGCAAGUCCCACCGAUAAAAAGCCAAGGAAAGCUGCCCUUUUGACUCAUGAACUUGAAUGUUCUACCAGUAUCGCAAAGUCUUCUUCCUAUUACAAUUUAAGAUCAAAAUCAAGGCUACGUGGAUCCCAUACAUAG